GAGGAUCAUUCCCUCGGUCGCCAUGUUUCCCAGCGCAGUCACCGCACUGACAGGAGCCGGGAGAAGCCAGAGCCCGGAGCGCGCGGGCCGGGAGCGCGCUCGCCUUGGAGAGCGCGAGAGCGAGAGCGCCAGGGGAGCGCGAGCCGAGCAGGGAAGGAGGGGGAGGCGGCCGAGUGCUCCGCGGCCUGCGCGAGUGAGAGGCCGGGCCCCGAGCGCGCGAGUCCGCGGCGGGGAUGGGGGGGCGGAGUCAGGGCGCGGGACCCCGACUUCGGGUCGCAGGCGAAGAGCUGCGGGGGGGCGGGGAACGCGGUGGCUGCCCAGGGAGACCGCGCGGAGGCGUAGGAGCGAGGCGGCAGAGACUCGUGCCGCUCUGCGGAGCGCGAGACCCAGCGCGGCUAGUCGGCAGGAGACUGAGGGGAAAGGAGAGCACAAGCUCCCGAGAUUGCGGGGGUGGACUCGGGCCAGGGGCGGAGCUACACCGCGAAUCGUGGAACUCGUGGAGAGUGAGGGGAGGAGUGAGCGCUCGGUUGCGAAGUGCUGGGAGCGGGAAGGAGCCGGCCCAGCCCAAACUGGACCGGGGAACGCUCCUGGGCGCGCGAGUAGCGCCGGAUUGGCUAGGAGAACGCGGAGCGAGUGCGCGCGAGACACGAACGCAGGUUCCGCCGAGCCCCAGACAGAAGCAAUCCCCUGCCGAGCCCGGCUCCUGGUCGUUUGUCAGCGACUCCGGCCGGCUCUUGGGGCUACGGAGCCCGCUCUCCCGAAGGAGAAGAGAAAGGGCUCCAGGGAACCUGGAGGUGCCUUCGAAACCUGCUCGACUCGACCUGCCGGAGGAUUUCCCAACUCCAAGGCUGUACCUACAGGAGGAUCCUCACUACAGAAGCUUAGGAGCCUGCGGCAGAAAUAACAGGCUUGAGAAAUGACAGGCUUCUGCUCCUCAUGCUGUCCCAUGGUUUUGUGGCAUCAGGCUUCUUCGCUAGAGGCUCUGCUUUUGAAAAACACCGAUCUUAGACAAUGAGAUUAGAGAAUGUUUUUCCCACCUGAGCUACAAUCGUAAAUAGAACCCCGGUGGUGGAACCCCUGGAAAUAGAACCCCGGUGGUGGCAAUUUUCAUUUCAGUAUUUGUGGGAUGUGAAAUUACCAUGAAAAUAGCUUUUGUUGACACUUAUCUUCAUGUGUCUUUCAUGAAGUGUUAUUAGUCACCUGUGGCUAUUUCACAUCGGUUUCUUAGUUCUUUCUAGCCCUUUCAACUUAUGAAUAAAACAUGUACACCCAUAUAUGUAUAAUUUUUCUUCUCAACUAUAGUAAAACUGGGAAGCAUAAAAAAUGAAAUAUGUCCCCCAAAAGUAUAAUUAUCAUUUGUACACAAUGAACAUCUCAAUUUGAUGGUUAUAUGAGUUUUAUUAUGCGAACUAGAACGUGGACUAAUCUCUAACUGAAGAUUCAUAUUUUUACGUAUUUCAUUUUAAAUAAUGGGAGUACAUAGGAGAUGAUGGGUGGAAUUGAGGUAGAAUAAAAUUAAUUAGCAAAAUUACUUGAGUAUGUAUUACUAGUAUUUUUGACAGGAUUUAAAAAUGAAGCCAUAUCAUGAUCCCACUUCCUAUAAUAAUAUGGGAAGUAUGUUUACUUUAUUUCAAACAAAGAUAAGCAAAUAGUUGGUUACUUUACCUUUCUAUCUUUAUUCCCUCUAAGGCCCCAUAGUCUGAAAUAAUUUUAAAAUGUCUUGUAUUUUUAGAGAAAUUCUAAUUCUGCCCACUAAAGAUUCUGCAACCUUAAAUAAAUCGGGGCCUUUUUCAAUAUCCUUUAAAUAAAUUGGUAGAUAAGCACCCUUCCAAUUUAGAAUAUUCUGUUAUUAUUCAUGGAAAGAAACUGGCAAUUUUGUUUCACAAAUAACAGAAAACAAGAGACUUUAUCUGUAAAAGCAGUGAUGGUGAAAUUCAUUAAAAUUUAAUUGGGAAGGGUGAAAAUGAAUUAAGCCUUUUAAAGUAUACGGAGGUUUGUUUGUUAAAACUACUAAAAUUGUUGAAAAGUAAUGUUAGAAUAAAACUGGACAAUUAUAAUA